AUGAGCUAUCUAGAUUCAGAAAGAGAACUGCCAUCUCGGGUGGAAUUUAAUGAAGAAGAUGAAACUAAAGGGGGCCUGUGGGUUUUGGAACAGAAGCUUGAUCAACCUAUGGAUGAGGAGGCUGGAAGACAGAGAAAUAUGUAUAGAGAAAAGAAUUUCUCUGCAAUAUUGCUCUUGAAACUUGCCUUCCAGAGUCUGGGAGUGGUAUAUGGAGACUUAGGAACAUCUCCUCUAUAUGUGUUCAACAAUAUAAUUCCCCAUGGAAUAAAAGAUACAGAGGAUAUUAUUGGUGCCCUUUCAUUGAUUAUAUACUUCCUUACUCUGAUACCUCCACUCAACUGUGUUUUCAUAGUAUGUAGAGCAAAUGACAAUGGUCAAGAUGUGGUUGUACUGGUUGCUGUGUUCAUACUAGUUGGUUUGUUUAGCAUGCAACAUUAUGGAACAGACAAAGUUGGUUGGUUUUUUGCUCCUGUUGUACUGCUUUGGUUUCUCAUGAUUAGAGGUAUUGGCAUCUUCAACAUAUAUAAAUAUGAUAGCUCAGUCUUGAAAGCCUUUUCACCUGUAUACGUAUUGACUUCAAGAGAGGAGGAAAAGACAGUUGGACAUCUCUUGGUGGCAUCAUUCUUAGUAUCACAGCUUGCUUUCACAGUAAUUGUGUUUCAUUUCCUUCUUCUAGCCUACUCCGGACAAGCAGCCUACUUGAUGCAAAAUAAGGAACAUGUAAUCGAUGUGUUUUAUCGUUCUAUUCCAGAUAUGAAUUGGAUCCUUAUGGUUCUAUGUAUUGCUGUAACGACUGGAUUUAGAAAUAAAAGCCAAAUUGGUAAUGCUUAUGUGCUUUUCAAGGUCGAUCAAGGUGGUUGGGUUUCCCUUGUGAUUUCUGCUGUCUUUCUUGUCGUCAUGUAUACCUGGCAUUAUGGUAUAAUCAAAAGGUAUGAAUUUGAGAUGCACAGUAAGGUCUCAAUGGCUUGGAUUUUAAGGCUUGGGCCCAGCUUGGAUCUGGUUCGUGUUCUCGGUAUAGGGCUUGUCUAUAUAGAACUAGCUAGUGGAGUACCACAUAUUUUCUCACAUUUCAUCACCAGCCUACCAGCCAUACAUUCUGUUGUAGUGUUUGUGUGUGUCAAGUACCUUCCUGUGUACACGAUUCCAGAGGAAAAGAGAUUUCUUGUGAAACGUGUAGGUCCAAAGAACUUCCACAUGUUCCGUCGUGUUUCAAGAUACGGUUACAAAGACCUUCACAAAAAAGACAAUGAAUUUGAGAAGAAGCUCUUUGACAAUCUCUUCACAUUUGUUCGGCUUGAGUCCAUGAUGGAAGGGUGUUCCGAUUCUGAUGAAUACAACUUAUAUGGACAAGAGACUCAACGAUCAAGAGACUUUUUGUUGAAAGAUAAUGCUCACACAUGUACUUUCUAG